GAGGUGCUGGGGGAGGAGAAGCUCAUGGCCAUCCUGAAGGAGCGAGUACUAAAGAUCUACUGGGGGACCGCCACCACGGGCAAGCCGCACGUCGCCUACUUCGUGCCCAUGUCCAAAAUUGCAGACUUCUUGAAGGCAGGGUGUGAGGUGACCAUACUCUUCGCUGACCUCCAUGCUUACCUGGACAACAUGAAGGCCCCCUGGGAGCUGCUGGAGUUGCGUACACGCUAUUACGAGAACGUGAUCAAAGCCAUGCUGGAGAGCAUUGGGGUGCCCCUGGAAAAGCUCAAGUUCGUCCGGGGCACUGACUACCAGCUCAGCAAGUGA